UUAAAAAAAAACAAAAACAAAAACCACCUUAAACUUAAAUAACAGAUGAUUCUUUCCCAUCUCAAGAUAUGUGUAGUCUUGCAAACAUUUCCAUGUCCCACAUCCUGCAAUAAAAAUCCAACUGGCUUUUCUGUGAGAUGGGGUGAGACCUGAGGAAUUUACGGUGCAUUAGUAACAACUAGUAUCACACUGAGUUCAUGCUAAGUGCCAGGUACCAUUCUAAGCGUCCUACACAUUAGCUCAUUUAAUCCUCACCCAAUGUUACAAGGUGGGGAUAGUCUUAUCCUCUCUUCAGGUAAGAGAACUGAAGUUUGGGGAUUAGCAAGAUUGAGUAACUUGUUUGAGAUAACGUCGUAAAUGCCGGUGAAGUGGUUAUAAGGUUAGAAUCUGUAGUCUCCUGCAACAUGUCGAAAACAGGAAAAUGGCCCUAGAGGACUCUGAGGUCACAUGUCUCAACAGGAGUUUAUGAAAUUGACCUAUACCUGCCUGUGUGCUCUGCCGCUGCUGAGGCCACAUUUCUCACAACAGCUGUGGACCUCUCUCCCUCAAGCGGCACAAGAAAAAACUGAAAUACUCAGGACUUUUUCCACUCAGUCCUGUAAAGCCGACCUCUCUGUCCUCACACCACCCUUUACUGUUAUGGCAGCCUUGAACUUUAGAGACGGACUAGCUGUGUGACCCUGAACAGGGGGUUAAGUGACACUCGGUGCUGUCGCCCGUUACACGGGGAUGAUAAUAGCAUCUCUGUCCCAGUUUUGUGUGCCGUCAGCGCCCAGCGGCAUUAGGCAGGCGCUCAAUAAAAGGUUACUGGUUGCCACGAUUCACUGCUACCGCCUCUAAUUUCCUGAGCCCACGAUCUUGAAUGUCGAUGGAGGGAAGAGACAUGCUGAGCCGACGCUUCAGGUUUCCUUCCGUUCGCCCCUCGCAGUGAAAUACACAGCCUUCAUCCCAAGACCGUCGUAGGACAUAUCAGGGAGCUGGAUGACGCUCCUGCCCUAGCAGGGGAGGAUCGUAAGCGGCAUGUCCCGGAUCCCAGGCGCCCUCGGGGACCUCCAGCCUCCAAAAGCGAGGCCCUGACCGGGUCAGGGACAGAAACCUGCGGGACGAACGACCACGUCGCGCAGCUCCUCACCGCGGGGUACCAGCGGGGGGCGCGGAGCGCAGGCGAGGCCACAGACUACGUCUCCCGGCAAGCCCCGCGGCGACGCUCACCCAGGCGCGUCCGCACGCUUCCCCCACCUCCCCCGGGCACCGACUGGUAACCGAGAGGACCCUGGCUUCCGUGCUUCUGAGGCCGUCGGGGCCAGGGGAGCCUCUCCUGCCGCCCCGAGUAACCAGAGCGGGUGGGGACUGCCCUUAAAUCGGGACAGUGGUUCUCAAACUUGUGUCUCGAGGAAGAGCUUGUUAACAAUUCAGAUUGCCGCCCCCCAUCCUACCCCCCCCCCCCCCCGCGACGCUAACGCACUGGAUUUCGCGUGGCUCGGGGUUUUCAUUGCAGCAGGCUUUCCGGGGGGAUCCUGAUCCGAUAGGCCAGCGGUCACGCCCUCCUCAGGCUUGUUUUCCCCUGAACUUACCUGCCCCGCAUCUCGCCUCCAAUUGGCCCGCCGAACGUCCCGCCCCUUCAGGCAAAUCUUCCCUUCUGGUUGGUCGGCGGUGAGUCUGUGGCUAGAACUGACCCAACGGGCGCUAGAAUUCGCGGAUCCUGGCCCGGAAGUUAGUCCUGAGGCUGCGCCGUUGGCCGUGGUCGCCUAGCGCGCCCUGGGACUUCCGGCGUGAAGUCGAGCGCCAGGUCUUGCGUGAGGCCGCCACGAGCGUAAAAGCGGGGCGUUCAGGUCCUAACCCGGGGGCAGAGGGGGUCCUGCCGGUGACGCGGCCGGCGUUGGCGCCGCGGCGCCUGUGCUGGACUGAAGCCGAGGCGCCGGAGCCGGCUGCGCCCGGGCUGGGACUGGGAUCCUUGGCCAGGACUCGCAUCCGCGGGGUCCUGGGAGCUUUCCCGGGCGGGCGCAAUCGGUUUCGGGACCAAGGCGCUCCGGGGGCUUGACAAUGGCAUCGGGCCCGGGCUCCCAAGACCGGGAAGGGCUCCUGAUAGUGAAACUGGAGGAGGACUGCGCCUGGGGCCAGGAGCCGCCCCCGCCGGAUCCAGGGCCCAGCUCUGAGGCCUCCCACUUACGCUUCAGACGGUUCCGCUUCCAAGAGGCCGCUGGGCCCCGGGAAGCCCUCAGCCGGCUCCAGGAGCUUUGCCAUGAGUGGCUGCGGCCUGAGAUGCGUACCAAGGAGCAAAUCCUGGAGCUGCUGGUACUGGAGCAGUUCCUAACCAUCCUGCCCCAGGAGAUCCAGAGCAGGGUGCAGGAGCUGCAUCCGGAGAGUGGCGAGGAAGCGGUGACUCUUGUGGAGGACAUGCAGAGAGAGCUUGGGAGGCUGCGACUACAGGUCACAAACCAUAGGCGGGGAACAGAAGUGCUUUUGGAGGAGACUUUGCCUCUGGAAACAGCACGAGAGUCACCGAGCUUCAAGCUGGAGCCAAUGGAGACUGAGCGAAGCCCUGGCCCCAGGCUGCAGGAGCUGCUAGGCCCCAGCCCCAAAAGGGACCCCCAAGCUGUAAAGGAGAGGGCAUUGUCUGCUCCCUGGCUUUCUCUCUUUCCUGCUGAAGGAAACAUGGAAGACAAGGAGCUGACUGGGCCCCAGUUGCCUGAGAGCUUAGAGGACGUGGCUAUGUACAUCUCCCAGGAGGAGUGGGGGCAUCAGGAUCCUAGUAAGAGGGCCCUCUCCAGGGACACGGUGCAGGAGAGUUAUGAGAAUGUGGACUCACUGGAGUCUCAGGUUCCUAAUCAGGAGGCCCUGAGCACCCAAGUGGAACAAGGAGGAAAGCCAUGGGAUCCCAGUGUUCAGACUUGCAAGGAGGGCCCGAGCCCCAGCAGCCCAGCUCCAGGAGAAGAGAAGUUUGAGAACCAGGAAGAAAGCGCGCAGUCCGUUUUUCCUGAGAGCAUCCACCCACAGGCCCUGCUGCAUGGCCAGGCCAGAGGGGAGGUCCCCUGGAGUCCUGAGCAGGAAAGGCCUCGGGACAGGGCAGAAGGGCACUGGGAGCCUCCCCCAGAGGAAGGGAUGGAGCCGUCCUUAGUGGGGGCUACAAGUUGCAGAGAACUGGGGCGACCAAAGGAAUUGCAGCUGAAGAAGCUCCACUUGUGUCCCUUGUGUGGCAAAAAUUUCUCUAACAACUCGAACCUAAUUAGGCACCAGAGAAUCCAUGCAGCGGAGAGACUGUGUAUGGGUGUGGGGUGUGGCGAGAUCUUUGCUGGGAACCCACACUUCCUGUCACUACACAGAGCACACUUGGGAGAGGAGGCCCAUAAGUGCCUGGAAUGUGGAAAAAGCUUCAGUCAGAACACCCACCUGACUCGCCAUCAGCGCACGCACACGGGGGAGAAACCGUACCAGUGUAACGUGUGUGGAAAAUGCUUCUCUUGCAACUCCAACCUUCACAGGCACCAGAGGACACACACAGGCGAAAAGCCCUACAAGUGCCCCGAGUGUGGGGAGAUCUUUGCUCAUAGUUCCAACCUCCUUAGACAUCAAAGGAUUCACACGGGAGAGAGACCUUACAAGUGUGCCGAGUGUGGGAAAAGUUUCUCUCGCAGUUCACACCUUGUCAUACAUGAAAGAACUCACGAGAAGGAGAGGCUUUAUCCCUUCUCUGAGUGUGGCGAAGCAGUGAAUGACAGCACCGUCUUUCUUACAAGUCCUGGAACCCACAAGGCAGAGAAAAAACUCUUCGAAUGUUUGACUUGUGGGAAAAGCUUCCGGCAGGGCAUGCACCUCACCAGGCAUCAGAGAACGCACACGGGGGAGAAACCAUAUAAGUGUAACCUUUGUGGGGAAAACUUCUCUCACAGAUCAAACUUAAUCAGGCACCAGAGAAUUCACACCGGAGAAAAACCCUAUACCUGUCACGAGUGUGGGGACAGUUUUUCUCACAGCUCCAAUCGGAUUCGUCACCUGAGAACCCACACGGGAGAGAGACCCUACAAAUGUUCGGAAUGUGGAGAGAGCUUUUCUCGGAGUUCCCGCCUUAUGAGUCACCAGAGAACUCACACGGGAUAGAAACAAUGGGAUUUCUCUUUGGCCCACUCAGAGGGUCCUGUUAGGAGCUGGUGUCCUUUGCCCAGGCCCCCCAAAUCUGUUUUUAAAGUAAUUACCGUAAAGAGGAACGAGGUAGGCGUCAGUGUGAGGGAGGUGCGGAGACAGCAAAAGAUUAGUGUAGAACUAAAAUGGAAUUCUGUCCAAACUGUUGAGGGUGGUGAGUUUUUGAGGUGACCUGCUCAGGGCAGAGUUCUCUAUGAGGUCUCUUGUCCUGGGGUGUGCCUACUCCCUUGGUAUCUUAGCUGUGAUUCGGGUGCCUUACUGUAUCCAUUGUCUGUCCUGACAACUUUGGGAAUCUCUGUGACUGCCCGUUACCGCUUCCCCACUUGGAAUGUUUGUCAGGGGUACCUGGGCUCCUGAGGCAUGGGACCAAAGAAGUGCGAAGGAUUCUGGGAAACCAGCUUAUUGGCCACAGAAGACUGGCUGGUGACUUGCAGCUUCCCCAGAAGCCCUGGCUGGGAAGCCAGGGGCAGUCCGGGACAGCCACCACAGUGCCUCUCGGAGAGGAGGGCUCAUGCACACGCCAAGCUUCUAAACAUCACCUCAGACCAGAAGGAACCAGAGGCCUGAGGGACACGGAAGAGGGAGUUUGCAAUUCAGCCCAGGCAUUGGCACAGGAAACCGGAUUCUGACUUCGUCACCGUUGAGGAGAUUAAGACUCACCCCACUUUUGCACAAGAAAGAAACAGAGCUCUGGGGUCUUCGGAGGGUUCUGUGAAAGCGGGGUUUCCUGAGAGGCUUUGCAAAUGUGCAUCCUGGGGAGAUUAGGGAUCAUGCUUUCCCUGUUGAAGUCUGUUUGGGUGGUAAUAAAUAUCUUCAGGAAACGUGA